AUGUCCUAUUUGGAAGGACUGCAACUAGCCGACCCACAAUUCAACAAGCCUGGGUCAAUGGACAUUAUUCUUGGGGCCGACGUGUUUCUGUCCAUCCCACAAUCUGGACAGGUCAAGGAUCACUACGGAAAUCCUGUGGCACAGCGUUCCGUCUUCGAGUGGAUGGUUGCAGGGAAAGUCUCAACAGACGAAUGUGCCCAUUCGUAUCACUCGGUCAUCAAUCUGCAUCAAGAGGUUGAUAUCGAUCGGACUCUGCGGCUGUUUUGGGAAGAUCAGGAGCUCCGUGAACCCAGGCAGCUAACUAAGGAUGAACAAAAAGUGGUUGAGGGUUUCAAUUCCACUCUCACACGUUCUCAGGAAGGUCGCUUCAUCGUCCGCUUACCAAUGGAUGAUUCGAAGCUCAAACUUGGAGACUCUCUGGUCGCUGCUACCAGACGAUUAAGGUUCAUGGAACGCAGAUUUGACAACGAUAGUGGUUUCAAACAACGAUACGUAUCCUUCAUGCAGGAAUAUCAGGAACUGGGACAUAUGAAGAUUGUUCCACAAGAAGAAAUUGACGUUGACUGCUCCCAGUCAUAUUACUUGCCACACCACGGAGUUAUUAAAGAGGAGAGCGCCACUACCAAACUCAGGGUGGUGUUCGAUGGCUCAGCCGUUACCACAAGCGGAACAUUCCUGAACGAUGUAUUAUUAGAUGCCCCUAACAUCAAUGCGGAUCUCUUCAAAGUGCUGCUACGAUUCAGAUCGUACCCGGUGGCAUUCAUAGCGGACAUCGAGAAGAUGUACCGCCAAGUUGUAGUCCAUCCUAGCGACACCGACUACACGCGCAUCGUAUGGCGGGAUUCCCCGGACAAACCCAUCCAACAUUUCCGACUGCUCACUGUUACUUAUGGCUUGAAGAAUUCAGGAUUCCUGGCAAUGGCAGCGUUGCACAAGGCAGCAGAAGCAUUCGAGGUUAAGUAUCCAGAAGCGGCAGAGCGAAUUAAACAACACACUUACGUUGACGAUCUAACAUCUGGCGCGGACUCUGUGGAGAAGGCUAAGCGAAUAAUCAAGCAAAUCAACGAGAUACUUGGUGCGGCAGGUUUUACUCUCCGCAAAUGGAGUUCAAACUCAGCUGAAGUAUUAGAGUCUCUAUCAGACAUCAACAACAACUCGAUGGCGAUACAAUUCCCGGAUGAACGAAACACCGUGAAAGCCCUUGGGACGCAUUGGGUUCCAGGAGAAGAUGUCUUUACAUUUAAGGUGACUAUGGCAAACGACGGACCGAACACAAAACAUCAACUGCUAUCGGAUUCUGCCAAACUGUUCGACCCAUUCGGAUGGUUUGCACCAGUGAUAGUACGAGUCAAAAUUCUCUACCAAAGGUGUUGGCUCUACGACCUUAACUGGCAUGACGCAUUACCUCCUGUCAUCGAGGAGGCAUGGAUGGAAGUGAAAGAAAACCUACAUCAGCUGGAGCAAAUCAAGAUACCAAGAUGGGCGGCAAACUACAACGGUCGCAUUGAACUACACGGGUUUUCUGACGCUUCAGAGGAGGCGUAUGCUGCUGUGAUAUACUUGAGGUCAGUGGACUGA